AUGUACUGCCUUACGGUUAAACCCCACCAGACUAUCUACGGAGUAUACCGUGUGAAACCUGGUAUAUCCGGAUUGUCUGGAGUCGAGACUAGGGAUCUGGCCUAUUCUCCCAUAACCGGGGAUCCUGUUACCGAAUGGGGCCUUAGCAUUUUUGUCCGGCGUUGCGAUCUCAGCUUCCUAUUCAAAAUCAGCGCUGCAAUGCCACAAACACCAAAUCUUUCAGGUCCGCCUUCACCAGCCAAACAGGUAUCAGGCCUUCCUCAGUAUUCAUCUCCCUAUUAUCGCGACAUUCAUAUGGACACCGCCAAAGGCACCAUGCAGGGCUAUAACGACAUCUACAUGGCUACGGCGAAAGGUGGUCACCUCGUCGAUGACAUUCGAAUGGAAACAGCUAGAGGUGGUUCGACAUUAAAACCACAGGGCGGGUUCCAAGUUUGGGAAAGGGAACUGCUGGAAAGCAGCGAGGUGAAGAGAAAGGCAACAGUUGCGCAACUUUGCAAGUAUAAUUUUCUUGAUUAUUACUUCCAGACGCUAGGUUACAUUGCAGCACGCAAAGAUCGCCGCGCUAAGUUCGACAAGGAUACCGCGUCGCGAAAUCUGAAAGGCCCAGAGUACCAAAAGGAAUUCAAGUCAUACUGUGGACGUGAACGCGUCAUUCUACGACGGCGGCGGACAAAACUUAGAGUCGACCAGUUCCAUAUCAUCGCGCAAGUCGGACAGGGUGGAUAUGGCGAAGUGUUUUUGGCACGGAAGCAGGAAUCAGGGGAAGUGUGCGCGCUCAAGAAGAUGAGAAAGCGGACGCUGUUUAAAAUGGAUGAGAUCCGACACGUCCUCGUUGAGCGCGAUAUCCUCACUGCGACCAAAACGCCUUGGCUUGUCCGCCUCCUAUAUGCAUUCCAAGAUCCAGAAUACGUCUAUCUCGCCAUGGAGUACGUCCCCGGUGGAGACUUCCGUACGCUUCUAAACAAUUCUGGGGUCCUGAAAGAAGAACACGCGCGAUUUUACAUCAGCGAAAUGUUCGCUGCUGUCAAUGAAUUGCAUAAGCUUGGAUACAUUCAUCGUGAUCUGAAACCUGAGAACUUCCUUGUGGACGGCUCUGGUCAUGUAAAACUUACAGAUUUCGGACUGGCGACAGGAGCCCUGAACCCAAAGCGAAUUGAAUCGCUGAAAGUCAAACUUGACAAAGUCAAAGACAAUCAAGUAAUACACCGCUCGACCAUUGAGCGACGAUCCAUCUACCGCUCCAUCCGUAAUGAAGAUCCCCGCUAUGCAGACUCCAUCGUCGGAUCCCCAGAUUACAUGGCUCCCGAGGUCCUGCGCGGAAAACCGUACACCUACUCUGUCGACUAUUGGUCCCUCGGUUGCAUUUUUUUCGAGUUCCUUGCUGGAUUCCCCCCAUUCAGUGGCAGCACCCCCGAAGAAACGUGGACGAACCUCAAAAACUGGACCAAAGUACUACGUCGGCCUGAAUACGACAAACCCGAGGACCUUAUUUUCAAUCUGACCGAUGUUGCAUGGGACGCUGUCACAAGGUUGAUCGCACACUCCAGUAUUAGGUACGCAACGAUGGACCAAGUAACCGCCCACCCUUUCUUCCAAAACGUCAAAUGGGAAGAUCUACGUUCCGUACGGGCCCCCUUUGUCCCCGCCCUCGAUUCCGAGAUCGACACAGGCUACUACGAUGAUUUCACCUCUCCAGAAGACAUGGCUAAAUAUGCCGAGGUCAAGGAAAAGCAACAGAAUGUCGACAAGGUCAAGGAGAAAGAAGAGCCAUUCGGACGAGGUGUGUGGGUUGGGUUUACAUUUGGUAAAAAUGGGCCUGGCGCGAAAGCGGUUGCACAGGGAGGCUACGAGGAUGGUGCUCUGGCGACCAUCUUCUAG